CGGCGUCACGGCGAAGCUUCCUCCACGCUUUUAGCAAUCCGAAUUUCUUACUGUUGAUGGUGGCAAUGGCGAUUCCAUAUUCUCCACUCUUUUUCUGCCUUUUUCCCUUUGUGAAGUGAAGCGUCUUCUUCACUACAUGCCGUUGUUAAAGUGAUUUCUUUUGCCCCGUCGUUAUUAUUUCUCGGCAUUACCCUCUCUCCUCCAAUGCCGCCGGCUCUCUCUCUCUCAUCCUCCGCGUAAAGGUAAACAAGGAAACCUUGGUGACUUGCUGAGAGCUUGCUUGAGAGUGAUCUCCGACAAUGCUGGAGUCAGUUGUUUCAGUGCUCUUUUUCCUUGUGCUCUCGUCUACAAUGGCGGACAUACAGUCAGACAGCGAAGCCCUGCUUGAGUUUGCAUCUCUGGUUCCUCAUGGGCGCAAACUCAAUUGGAAUCCCUCCAAUCCUAUCUGCGAUUCUUGGACUGGUGUCACUUGCUCCCAGAACAAAACCCGUGUGGUCGCUGUCCACUUGCCUGGAUUUGGACUAACUGGACCUAUACCCGUGAAUACACUCGGCAAGUUAGAUGAUCUCAUGAUCCUUAGCCUACGUUCCAACAAUCUUCAUGGCAACAUUCCAUCUGAUCUUGUUUCCCUUCCUUUCCUCCGUUCUCUGUACCUUCAGGACAACAACUUCUCUGGUAAUAUCCCUUCUCAUCUUUCUUCUCGCCUUUUUUUUCUCGAUCUGUCCUCCAACUCGCUCUCGGGAACAAUACCCACUAGUCUGCAAAACCUCAAACGUCUCACUGGUCUGAACCUGCAAAACAAUUCUCUUACUGGGCCAAUCCCUGACCUCCCUCCAAGCAUAAAACACUUGAAUUUGAGCUUCAACAACCUGAAUGGGUCGGUUCCAUCUUCUGUCAAGACCUUCCCUGCUUCCUCGUUCGAAGGCAACAGUCUUUUGUGCGGCCCUCCUCUGGAUCCAUGCCUAGAACCUACCACUGCACCUUCUCCUUCUCCACCGCCAGGCCCUGCUGCUAAUGAUAAGUCCAAAAGGGCCCUAACCACUGGAGCUCUCAUUGGUAUUGCUGUCGGCGGUUCGUUUGUGUUGUUUCUCUUACUUGUCAUUCUAACCCUGUGUUGUUCAAAGAGAAGAGAUGACCAAGGCACUACCGUGCCAAAUGCUAAGGCUGUGAGGGGAGAGAACAAGCCAGAGGACUUUGGAAGCGGAGUACAGGAGGCUGAGAAGAACAAGCUGGUGUUCUUCGAGGGGAGUUCAUAUAACUUUGAUCUCGAGGACUUGCUCAGAGCCUCGGCCGAAGUUCUAGGCAAAGGGAGCUACGGUACAACGUAUAAGGCUAUCUUGGAGGAGGGAACCACGGUUGUCGUGAAGAGGCUGAAAGAAGUGGUGGCGGGCAAACGGGAGUUUGAGCAGCAGAUGGAAGCCAUGGGACGGAUCAGUCUGCACCCGAAUGUUGCCCCUCUCCGUGCGUAUUACUUCUCCAAAGAUGAGAAACUCCUCGUGUACGACUACUACCCGGGUGGAAACUUCUCCACACUGCUGCACGGAAACAAUGAAACGGGAAGGGCAGCGCUAGACUGGGAAUCAAGGCUAAGGAUAUGUCUGGCAGCGGCAAGAGGCAUCGCCCACAUCCAUUCUUCUGCACCGGGCGCUAAACUGGUGCAUGGGAACAUCAAAUCAUCGAACCUCCUCUUAAACCGAGAUCUCGAGGUCUACGUAUCUGAUUUCGGGAUAGCCCCUCUGAUGAGCCACCACACCAUGGUGGUCCCGGGAAGGAGCGUAGGGUACAGAGCCCCAGAGGCAGUAGAGACGAGGAAACAUACGCAGAGGUCAGACGUGUACAGCUUUGGGGUAUUGCUGAUGGAGAUGCUGACGGGGAAGGGGCAGGAAGAAGUGGUGGAUCUGCCCAAGUGGGUGCAGUCGGUGGUAAGAGAGGAGUGGACAGGGGAAGUGUUUGACGUGCAGCUGAUCAAGCAGGAUAACGUAGAGGAAGAAAUGGUGCAGUUGCUGCAGAUAGCGAUGGCCUGCGUGUCCAAGCAUCCCGACAGCAGGCCUUCCAUGGAGGAAGUCGUCGCCAUGAUUGCCGACAUCCCCUCCGGCAGCAGCCCUUCUUAGUUUAUGUUUUAGCCUCUCUCUCAUUCUUUGUCCUUGUCAAAAAAUUAUCUUCUCAUUCACGGUCUUCAGAAUAAACCGCCAUUUUUAUGUCUUUUUCUCCUUCUAGCAAUCUUUGUGUGUGUGUUUUUCUCUUCUUCUGUGAAUCAACUUAACUUAAUGUUCUGUCUUCGGCCUACA